AUGGCCGUUGUACCCAACCAUGGCAGUCGUAGUCGCAAUCACAACCGUAGCAUCUCGUUCCGACACUCCCUAGAUUCGAGAAAGAAACGCACAAUCUCGGACAAACCUGUUUCUUCGUCUGCUUGUAAGAACACAACAAUAUCGAUAUUGAGUCUUAGACAGGACUUUCACACCUGUUGCAGAGGAUUUCUUAGAAUCAAAUUGUGGGUUCGUGCUUCCCUGUUACUGAAAAAGAAAGCAGCAAGACGUCGUCAUAGAGCUGAUGAUCUCUGUAGCAACCAUAAAGAUUCACAAGCCCACGUUGUUGAAGUUGUCGAUGAUAGGAUUGAGGAACAUUCUUCCACGGAUGGGAGUGGUGGUAAAAAGAAGCUUGUUGAGUUUUCUCGUGAACCUUUCCUACCGCUCAAAGAGGAGGAAGUAGCUCAAGUCAACAGUGCCUUCUCUGAGACGAAUAGUAUGAAGAUCUUGGUUUCGCAUAAAAAAUCCUAUAUUCAAAUCGCUGGAAAUACUUUACAAUGCCUAAUGCCAACUCAAUGGCUUAACGACGAGGUCAUUAAUCUCUAUCUCGAGCUGCUGAAAGAGAGAGAAACUAGAGAUCCCCAAAAGUUCUUCUUCAAGUGUCAUUUCUUCAAUACCUUCUUUUACGUUAAGCUGGCACGCGACUUCGGUUACAACUACCAAGCUGUCAGGAGAUGGACUGGCCAUAGCAAGCUAGGAUAUAAUCUUAUUGACUGUGACAUAAUAUUUGUUCCGAUCCACAUAGGUAUACAUUGGGCCCUGGCAGUGAUUAACAAUAGGGAACACAAGUUCAUGUAUUUUGAUUCAUUGAAGGAAGAAGUAUUUGAUCCUACAAUUUUGGAUGCUCUGGCAAAGUACUUGGUGGAUGAAGUAAAAGACAAGAAUGAAAAGGAUAUUGACGUUAGUUCAUGGAACAAAGAAUACGUUACAGAAUCUCCUAAGCAACAAAAUACGUACGACUGUGGGAUGUUUAUGCUUAAAUACAUUGAUUUUUACAGUAGAGGACUGAGUCUACAAUUUAGCCAGAAACACAUGCCAUACUUCAGGUUAAGAACAACAAAGGAGAUACUGAGACUGCAAGCCGACUAA